GUCUUUCCGAUAUUCAUACCACUGUGUUAUAGCGAAGAACGGUUUGAGAGGAAGCUUGUGUUGUUUUGAGAUACGAUGAAAAUGUCUUCUCUUGGGUUGUUGGCAUCAAUGUGUAUGGUUUUCAUGUUGGUGGCUGGGGUCCAUUGCUGGAGCAAAGAAGGGCACAUCAUGACAUGUCAAAUUGCACAGUCUCUACUGAAGCCGGAGGUGGAUGAAGUCGUCCGGCAUCUAUUACCGCCAUACGCCAAAGGCGACCUCUCUUCGCUCUGCGUAUGGCCGGAUCAAAUCCGGCACUGGCACAAGUACCAGUGGACAAGCCCGCUCCACUUCAUCGACACCCCGGACGACGCUUGCAGCUUCGACUAUGCUAGGGAUUGCCACGAUCCACACGGCAAGGAGGACAUGUGUGUUGCUGGUGCCGUCACAAACUUCACUUCUCAGCUCUUGCAUUACAAAGAGGGAACUGCAGAUCGAAGAUAUAAUAUGACAGAAGCCUUGUUAUUCUUGUCACACUUCAUGGGAGAUCUUCAUCAGCCGAUGCACAUCGGGUUCACGAGCGACAGAGGAGGGAACUCUAUCGAGCUGCGCUGGUUCAGGCACAAAUCUAAUCUUCAUCAUGUAUGGGAUAGGGAGAUCAUUUUGACAGCAGAAAAAGAUUACUACGAGAAGGACAUGACCCUCCUCCUUCAAGACAUUGAGGCCAACUACACUGACGGGGCUUGGUCAGAUGAUACUUCGUCAUGGACCCACUGCGACGACCUCGACUCAUGUCCGAGCAAGUAUGCAGCUGAGAGCAUAGCCAUUGCCUGCAAAUAUGGUUACAAAGGCGUUGAGCCGGGCGUCACUCUUGCAGAUGACUACUUUGACUCGAGGAUGCCGAUCGUCAUGAAAAGAGUCGCUCAAGGCGGGGUCCGGUUGGCGAUGUUUCUGAACCGAGCUCUCGGUGAUGAUGAUGGCCAAGAAGAAGGGGUUGCAUCCCCAACAUAGGCGUCCUCAUUUUCUCAUGACUAGGAGAAACAUUGACCUAGAAUAAAAUAAAAUCAAUUCAAUUGGGUUAGAAAGAAAACCCAUCACAUUGAUAUUGUAAGUUUUUACUCAUGAAUUAUCUUCUAAGCAGCCGAAGUAAUUAGUUAGAUGAAAGAGACAUGAUUAGAGCCAAAUGAGGACAUGUUCCCUAAUGAUGCAACACCAUGAACUGAUGCUCCCAAAUUCUAUGGAAGUUAAUGAUGUCUUGUUUAUGUAAUUUCUCCAAUUAUUCCCGAAGAGGCGUAGCCCUUGAUCCUUGUGUAUAGACUAAAGUGUACUUCAUUCAAUAAAGCAAGUGGUUCUCAAGUUAUAA